CAGUUCUUUAGUCUGUUAAAAAAAUUAACCAGUCAUGUAAAGGUUUCUGUACCUUAAUAUGCAUUGUCAACCAUAGGUUGUGGUAAUAACAUCAUGCUCUUGCAUCAGCUGUCCAAGGGAGAAGUUUUUAAUGAAAUCCAGUAGUAAGAUUUCUUAUAUUUUUUCUCAGUGUUAAAUAUAAUUUUUAUCAUAUUUGUUACACUUUCACAGCAAGCUGUAGUAGCCAGAAUACUUGCCUAGGAUCUGGGUACUGGUUUGAAUCCCAAAUUCUGCCAGGGAAACUUUCUGGGCGACCUUGGGCCAGUUACACACACUCGGCCUAACCAAACUGGCCUGUUGUGAGGAGUGAAGAGGGAAAUGGAGGAAUGAAGAAAGAUAUUGUAAGCCAUUUGGGGCUCCUGCUGCAGAGAAAAGUGGAGUUAAAAAUAAAUAAAAGUAAAAUUGUCAUGUUCUACUUCAAAAUGUAGAAAGUGGAUUUUGAAAAGAAAAAUUAAAAAACAUUUUGAUGUACUUUAAUUAUUUUUUGAGGUAGAAUACAAAGACAAAACUAUUUGAAGGUUUAUCAAGUGAAAGUCUGUUUAGAAUGAUCCUGACAUAACAUUCUGUAACAUCAGGCUGCAUCAGGCUGCAGCCUGAUAGACACUAAACCUGGAAGCUGCCCCACUUGAUUCAGUGGAACUUAUUUCUGAAUAACCAUUCCUAGAAUUAGUUUGCAAGUCUGAAUCCCAGAAGCUUUUGGAAGUACUAUUUAUCUUGGUAGGAUUUGUGCCUGAACGUUCAUGUGUUGAAACAAGCUGCUGCAAGUUCUGUUUCCUUCGCAAACUAUCAAUUGAGCCUGUUCAUCAGAGGAAGAUUCCAAAUCGGUACCUUGGUCAACCCAGUCCCUUCACACACCCACACUUACUAAAACCAGGGGAAGUUACACCGGGGUUAUCGCAAACAGAAUACUCCCUUCGUAGACACAAGUUGAUGGCUCGGAUACAGCAAGAGGUGCCUGGGAUGGACCACACAGUGAUUCUGCUAUCCAAUCCCACCUACUACAUGAGCAAUGAUAUUCCAUACACCUUCCAUCAGGACACUAACUUCCUGUAUCUAUGUGGGUUCCAGGAGCCUGACAGCAUCUUAGUUCUGCAGAGCCUGCCUGGCAAACCGCUGCCAUCCCACAAAGCUCUGCUGUUUGUCCCCCGGCGGGACCCAAGUAGAGAGCUAUGGGAUGGACCACGAUCUGGUACUGAUGGGGCAGUAGCUCUCACAGGUGUGGAUGAAGGAUAUACUAUUGAGGAGUUUAGACACCUGGUGGCUAAAUUGAAAGAUGAAUCUGUAGUGGUUUGGUAUGAUUUUGCUAAGCCAGUCCAUACACAGCUCCAUUCUGACUAUCUUAUGCACCUGGCAGAGGUCAAAGCUAGAAGCAAGAACCGUAUCCGAGCUAUCCGACCCCUAGUGCAAAACCUACGGCUAGUAAAAUCUGCUGCAGAGAUUGAGAGGAUGAGGAUUGCUGGAAAGGUGACGUCACAGGCAUUCGUGGAGACCAUGUUUGCCAGCAAAGCUCCAGUUGAUGAAGCAUUUCUGUAUGCAAAGUUUGAAUUUGAGUGUCGAGCUCAUGGUGCUGACAUUUUGGCUUAUCCUCCUGUGGUUGCUGGUGGCAAUAGAUCCAACACGUUGCAUUAUGUGAAAAACAACCAGCUCAUCAAGGAUGGAGAGAUGGUUUUACUAGACGGCGGAUGCGAGUCCUCCUGUUACGUCAGUGACAUCACGCGCACGUGGCCCAUUAAUGGCAGAUUCACAGGUCCUCAGGCGGAGCUGUACCAGGCUGUACUAGAAGUGCAGAAAUCCUGCUUGAGACUUUGCUCUCCAGGUGUGAGCCUAGAGAACAUAUACAGUUUAAUGCUGACCCUGAUUGGACAGAAGCUGAAAGAUCUGGGGAUCCUGCAGAACAGCACUACUGAAAACCACCUCUUCAAGGCUGUUCGAAAAUACUGCCCACACCAUGUGGGACAUUAUCUGGGAAUGGAUGUUCAUGAUACGCCUGAUAUAUCCCGCUCAAUUUCCCUCCAGCCAGGCAUGGUCAUCACCAUUGAGCCAGGUAUCUACAUCCCUGAAAAUGAUGAAGGUGCCCCUGAAAGAUUCCGUGGAAUUGGUGUACGCAUAGAGGAUGAUGUUGUAGUGACAGAGAAUGCACCAUUGAAUCUGUCUGAAGAUUGUCCAAAGGAGAUAUACGAAGUUGAACAGGUCUGUGGCUCUUGACCACUCUUCACCAUCUUUUUCAGGUACAGAUUAGGAAAUAUGCCUUCAUUUAUAUUUUUAUAUGAACGUGCUACAGGAUGUCAAGACUGAUGAGUAGGGUUGUUGCUGAGGAAACUUUAUUUGGAAGAAUUAUCUUGGAUAGAAAUACCAUCAUAUUUAAUGAAGUAAAUAUAGUCACUUAUUUGUCAAGUAUUAUCCUUUAUUGCUAAUGUUAAAUCAGAUGAAGAAUCUGUAUUCCACCCUCCACUAUUUGGACUUUGUGCAUGUUCUGUAAUAAUCUUGUUUGUCGAUUGCCAAGGCCCACAUGUCUGACAGUUUCUCCUGAAGGGCUGACUGGGAUGAAUUUCAGCAUUCAUGCAGAUUGCCUUUCAUUUUAAGUUGGGAGCAGGACAGAAUUUUGUUUUUUCCCAAUACAAAAGAUAAUGUUAUCAAGAUACCAAUCCGAAUGUUCUGAUGAAUGGAGAUUUAUAGAAGAUGGCAAGACAAAACUUCCAUUAUGUUAGUUUCUUCUUUUCAGAAGACAAAGGUAGAUCUUUUGUAUUAUGGCAUACUUUAAAAUUGAAGUGUGUUAUGGCUAAGAAAAACUUGUAACAACCUGAUCUAAUGCAGAGUGAUUUCCAUGGUCUUACGCUUGGCUAUCUCUACAUACAAUUGUGUUAGUAUAUUAGUAACAGGCAGACAAAUAUAAUGUUUAUAAGCUAGUCUAAUGGGUCUGACUAGAUUCAAAAUGCUGUUUGAUUUGAGUGAGUUCUUUUCUUCCUGUCACCUUAUAGCUUUGAUUAUCUUUCUCUUCAGCCACUUCCUGGACUUGAAUGGAUAUGUUAGGGUUGUUUUUAACCUUACUUUUUAUAAUGGGGUAAGGAGAAAAAUAUUUGCACAUUGAAGCUCUUGAAAAAGUACACAUGCUUUAAGUUGUCAUUUUUCUUGACAAAAUAUAUGAAAUAGUGGCAAAGAGGUCAGACUCCUAUUUCCAAAUAAUUUUCUGAGAAAUGUAGCAAAUUAAGCAUGUAUGCAUCUUUCUUAACUUAUGUAGAGCACAUUAUUGUGCAGUGUUGCUAUCAAAAUACAAAACAUAAAUGUGUUCUUUUCAUAAAAACCUCUAGGUUUUCUUCUUCAUAAAACAAUUUCCCUCUGCUUCAACUUCUGAUAGCAAAUAAAUGGGAGAACGGGCUACAAUCUGAAAAUGAUAAAAAUAAAAACAAGACAUGAAAUGAAAAUGUUAUAUUGAAUUAAAUCAGAGUAAGUUUUUUGUCAAGGGUUCUUUUGUAAAGGAGGAAAUGUUACAGAACAGUCAAACAACUAGACUUUUUGAAGCACUUUUGUGAUCUCUGAAAAAAAGGCAGUUCAUUUGUAAAGAGUUAUAUAUAUAUAUAUAUAUAUAUAUUUUAUUCUGCUAAGUGUCAAAAGGAAGGUUGUAGCAAUAAAGAUGUAAUUUAAAAAACCCUUUAAAACUCAGAAGUGUGACAUUGCCUAUUUGGAAACUUUCCUAUCCAUGUGCACCCUCUUGUGAUAACAUAAUUCAAGGCGAAGCUACUUGUUUUUUUACCAAUAAAUUAAUUUGUAAUUGUUCUA